AAUGUUCCAAACAUUUCUUCAAACCUGUGCUUAAAUAUAGGUCAGGUUGCGCGCCAUCAUUAGUUUCGUUACUUGGUCGGCUCGACCGUUUCAUCGUGCAUCCUAUCUUUUCUGUAUGUUCUAGAUUGUUCACUUUUAGUUGCAGUAUCUAUUUCUUCACCGGCUCACUGAAAACAAAACGUGUAUCAUAUAGGGCUUCUAGUGGAUUAUGUUUGGACCACACCCACCAAAAUCUUUGGGUUACUGCAUGAAACUUGCUCUACAUGAGACCCUUCAUAAUAUAAACCAAAACAUAUGUUUGACGACUAGACUGUCAAGAACCAGUUAUGAGGAUUUGGUUGAAAUGAUUUCUCAGUUAAAUCAACUGUGUAUCACUACGUUUGAAGAACAGUGUUCUUUCGUAAAGUUCGCUUUGAAAAAACAACAGGAAAACCUUUUCUGGCGAUUAUCGGCUAAAGUCUUCUGUAGAAUUUCAAAGAAAAACCGUUCAAUAUACAGAACUUAUGAGCUUAUCGAAUUUUUGCGGUUAUAUGAUGAGAUUAUCCGCUUCAAGUCACUGAUUGAUUCUCAACCUGAGAUGCCGGAUUUUGCUAAGGAAAUUUCCAAUGAUCCUUGUUGUAUCUGCUUGGAUAGAGAGCCCGACACUGUUCUUGCUUGUAUGCACUCAUUCUGUCAACCAUGCAUUAACAAAUGGGCCGGAAUUAGUUACCAGUUGCCGUCAGCAAGUUCGGAAUCGUCUGUUUCUGGUCAAGGAUCCAGCAGCUGCAGACCUUCAGGUGUUAAUCGCACUCAGUGCCCCAUCUGUAGGUCUACGUACACAAAUACCUCUACAUCUUGGGAGUUGAUUGGCAUUCAGUCUCCAAAAAAUCAUAGAUAUCAAAUCUCAGAUACAUUUCCUGAAGUUGAUGAUAAUGGUACUGAUUCCAAAGAAGAAACAUCUUUCACCGUUAUUGGCCAUAAACAUAAUCCAACAGAGAAUGUUUAAAUUGUCUAUUAGUUUCAUUGUAACACACUGUACAGUAACUUCAGAUUACUACACACUUUACUCCUAUCUUCAAUAAUACAUUUCAUCUGAUUUUUUAUGAGCACAGGUGUUUGAAAUACUUAAUCAAAGUUUUCCACUGAACGAAGAAAUGAUAUAGUAACCACCAACCUUUUACCAAAGCCUUGAGAAAAGUAUAAAAGUUAAUUAAUACUUUUCAUAAUUUCCUGAUCUUUAUAUUUAUGACAUUUGAUAUGUAUGAUUAAACUCUCUACCUAUAUUUGGAUAUAUGUUUGUCCAAUUUUGAAUUCUAAGCAAGUAAAGUUGAGUCACUUAUUUCCUCUGGUUAAAUCUGAAAAAUUCUUUUCCG